AUGCCCUCCAAGCCAUUGAGUGAGUCUGAUUCUGCAGCUACACAGUCUUCUCAGGCAAAGGCUGCAGGCGGUGCUUCCGUACCUCGCUCCUGGCCGGUGCAACCUGGACUCAAACUAAUCCCACAGUCACGGCUCGACACCAGAUCUGACAAAGAAAUUGUUUCUGCUCUUCUUCAACACCACCCUGUAACUAGCGAAAAGUAUGUAUGGGCGUACUGGCAUUCUGGACUCCUUCAGGCGCCUCCUUGGGUACAACGAACCGUGAUCAACUGGGCCCGCCGGCUGCCUUCAUGGACGAUCCGUGUCCUCGACAAGGUUCCUAAUUCGUCACUGAAUGUCUAUAACUUCUUUAGUCCAGCUUUCCUGCCUGACGCGUUUAACAACAAUGCCGUGACGGGACCUCAUACCGGCCCACACAGCGCAGAUCUUGUCCGUCUGCCGCUUGUUUAUCUGCAUGGCGGUUUUUGGAUGGAUGUUGGCACAUUGCUCUUCCGAGAUCUUGACGAUAUAUGCUGGCAUGCAUUGGAGGACCCUCAAAACCCGUAUGAACUGGCCGGCUUCACACUCAACAUAAUAGGCGAUAGAAAGACCCUUUUCAACAGCUUCGUCGCCGCGAGGAAGGGAAAUGAGUUCAUCAAACGCUGGAUGGACAUCUAUCUCAAGGUCUGGAAAGGCGUUACCGAGCAGACAAGUAUGCAUAGUCACCCACUUCUCAAGCACUUGCCUCUCCCAGGGUCAACAAAAAAGCUCGGGAUUCGAGCCGGUAAACCAAGCGCAGAGAACCUGGACCCUCAACCCUCAUCCCAGGAAGCUAACGCCAAGCGUCCCGAACUCAGCGCUACGCGCUCUGAGCCCGACGAGCAGGAGCUUCUCUUCUCCAAGACCCUUGCAGACUACGGUCUUCGGUUCUACUGCUUCACUCGGCUGAGUCACCUCGAAGAUCCAUCAGACGGCUUCAAAUGUUUGCUCGCACAGCAGCUUACAGGCCGGGAUGGCAAUAAGCAAUUUGAAUAUCUGUCAGCAAGAAGAUCAAACGCCAACAAGGGCAGCUUGCAAGAUGAUCUCUAUCUAAACGCGGAGAUGUUUGCGGAAGCCUUGGUCAAAGAUUCGUGCCAGAUGAAGGUUUCACAUGGUAUCAAGGGUAACGCGGUCUUUCUAGGUAACCUAUGGGAGAAACCUGGGAAUGAAGAUGCAGAUCAUGCAGAGGGCACUUUUGCCGCGUAUCUCAGGUAUGCCAGCGUGUUUCUCGAACAAACGAGAGAGAUGAAGAGAGAGCCGUGGGGUCAGGUUGAGAAAGAUGCGUUGCAUGCUGGCGUGACUGAAGUUGGGGAGACGUGA